UUUGAAUCUAUGUUAAAACAUCAUUUCUUUCUUUUCGUAUUGCACUCUGCUAAUUCAGAGUUACUCCCUUUUUACUUGCCUUAAUUUCAUUAAUAAUGGCAGAUAGUAAGUUAUACGACAUCCUAGGUGUUUCCAGAAAUGCAAGCGAAUCAGAAAUAAAGCGGAAUUACCACAAACUAGCAAAAGAAUUCCAUCCAGACAAAAAUCCGGCUGCAGGGGAUCGCUUUAAAGAAAUAAGUUUUGCAUAUGAAGUUUUAUCUGACCCUGCGAAAAGAAAAACUUACGAUAAAUUUGGACUAAAAGGACUACAAGAGGGAGGCCAGGGCGGUGGUUUGUCUACAGAUGACUUACUCGGUCAUAUCUUUGGUGAUAUGUUUGGCAUGGGCGGUGGCAGCCGGGGCCGAGGACGUGCUCGUGGAGAGGAUACUAUACAUCCACUCAAAGUUACUUUAGAGGACAUGUAUGUGGGCAAAACUGCUAAACUGCAACUUAGCAAAAAUGUUAUUUGCGGCCCUUGUAAGGGUGUAGGUGGCAAACCUGGAGCAGUUGUAUCUUGCAGAGAUUGUCAUGGACAGGGUAUUAAAGUGACUUACCAACAAAUUGCGCCUAAUAUGACGCGGCAGUAUCAAUCUCGUUGUCCCACCUGUCUAGGACAUGGAGAAACCAUAAGUGACAAGGACAAGUGCCCAAAGUGUAAGGGGAAGAAAGUGUUGAAUGAGAUUAAGAUCUUGGAAGUGCAUGUUGAGAAGGGUAUGAAAGAAGGUCAGAAAAUCUUCUUCCGAGGUGAAGGUGACCAGCAACCUGAUGUACAACCCGGUGAUGUCAUCAUUAUUUUGCAACAAAAGCCUCAUGAUGUGUUUCAGCGAACUGGAGAUGACCUUAUAAUGAAACAUGACAUAACAUUGACUGAGGCUUUGUGUGGGUUCCAAUUUGUUGUACAGCACUUAGAUGGUCGUGAGCUUCUUAUCAGACACCCUCCUGGUGUUGUAAUUAAGCCUGGUGAUUUAAAAGGUAUCCAAGGAGAAGGUAUGCCGCAGUAUAAGAAUCCCUUUGAAAAAGGAAAUCUUUAUGUCAAGUUUAACAUUGUAUUCCCUGAAAACAAUUUUGGUACUGAAGAGCAACUGCAAAAGAUUGAAAGUAUAUUGCCACCACGGCCGGCCUUUGUUAUGCCGACUGGGGAAGAUGUAGAGGAAGUAAACAUGAUGGAGUACACUGCUAGUGAAAGAAGCCGUGGCCGCGAGGAGGCUUAUGCCAGUGAUGAUGAGGAAACUAUGCAUGGAGGUCCCGGCAUGCAAUGUGCCCAUCAGUAGCUUAAUAUUCAUCUAUCCUGGUUAAAGGAUUUUUACUCAGACCUCACAUGUAAUUUUAUCACAAUAAUUCUAGGUAGUUAAUAUUGAAACAUUUUGAAUUCUAGACUCAUUUAGUGGUCAGCCAAGUGAAAAA